AUUCAGGCACAAGCCAAUCUACACAUGCAACUGGCGACCAACGAGUAGUUAGCUAGUGGUGUAACAAGUAUAGCUAGUACAGUAAUGGCGGCUUCGUUGGGACUGAACCCUGAAGGUGUAUUCAGCUCCGCCUACGCCUACUCCUCCCCUUUCCUGGCCGAUUACUACGCACCGCCCCCCCGCGCCGUCAUCGACGACAGUGAUUACGCGGCUCAGCUCCACCUCCACGACGAUCACCAGCACCACCCUUUCGAUCAGUUCGAGCACUCGCCGCCGACGCCGACGGCACAGAUCUCCUUCGCCGGAGCCGGGGAUGACGAACAUCGCGGCGAGAAGAAGAUCAAGAUCAGUGCGAGGGUGAGCGCAGGGAGGAUCGGGUUCAGGACGAGGUCAGAGGUGGAAAUCUUGGACGACGGGUUCAAGUGGAGGAAGUACGGGAAGAAGGCGGUGAAGAACAGCCCGAACCCGAGGAACUACUACCGGUGCUCGGCGGAGGGCUGCGGCGUCAAGAAGCGCGUGGAGAGGGACCGCGACGACCCCCGCUACGUCGUCACCACCUACGACGGCGUCCACAACCACGCAACGCCCGGCGCCGCCGCGCAGUACUACUGCUACAGCCCCCCGCGCAGCUCGCCGCCGGCAGCGUAUUCCGCCGCUGGCCUACUGCAAUUCUGAACCAAACCAGCUAAUUCCGUUCUGCUCCUCGUACAGUAGAAACUAGAAAGCUCAAAACUUCUGUUUUUUGCCGAUCGAUGGAUGUCGUCGUCGGUUCGAGUUAUUUUAUACAUGACAUGAUGUAUGUAGGUUAGUAUUGUUCAACUUGCAGCCAGAUUGCUAAUUUAGUCCAAAAUUAUCAAGCACGAAUAGAAGGAGGGCUCUAAAAUUUGGAUCGGCGACUUCUGGUUUGCUUGCUUGUUAAGUUUCUCCUUGUAUCACCCACCCACCCACACACACAAAAGAAAAACGUUUCUCCUUGCAUGAUUAGGCGCUUCUUGACUUAAUUCAACGGCCUGCGUUUUCUCCAUCAGUCAAA